AUGUCCAAAUCCCCCGUAACAUGCCACGUUCUCGACUCAUCGACAGGGAAGCCUGCGGACGGCGUCGCCGUAACACUGCAGGAGCUCACCACCGCCAAAUACGAUGGUGGUCCGGAUAUAUUCGAUCCGCUGGGUAAAGGGUACACGAACUCUGAUGGUCGAUGCCUUGACCUAUUAUCUGUCAAGAACCCCCAGGACGAACCUUUCAAGCUUGUAGAGGGUCGCACAUACAAAGUAGUCUUCAAGACGAAGGAAUACUUCGACCGAACGAACCGCAAGUGUUUCUAUCCAUGGGUAGAGAUCUCCUUCACCAUCGAGAAUCCAGACGAACACUAUCAUAUCCCGCUUCUAAUCAGCCCAUACGGCUUCACCACAUACAGAGGAAGUUAG